AUGAUUCAUCAAACGAGUGUUGGAAAUCAAUAUGAGAAUGGAACAAGGUUUUCAUUUUCGAAUCGUUUGGGUGAUUCAGGACGUGGUACAGCCAAAUCCAUGAUAUCUCACAUGUUGGUAUUAGCUACGGAACAUCAUUCGAUUGGAAUGUUUGAAAGUUAUACGGAGAACGACUACAAGUUUUUAAUUUUAAAGUUGGGAUCGAAUAGACACGAUGAGAAUGUAUUGCAAUAUUUUGAUACUCAGCAGGUGAUUGAAAUUCAGUCUGGAAAUGAGAAAUCAAAUGUUAUUCAAUCGAAUAGACACAGGCGAGAUAUGGAUGUCGUGAAUAUUUUCGAAACUCGCCAAUGUGUGAACUCGAAACUUGAAAAAUCAUUCCUGUGCUUAUUUUCAGAAUGUAGUGCGAAUGUAACCAUUACAUUGGAUGAGAACAACUUGUUACAAUCCAAAGUGUUCAUUGAUAUUGUCAAUGAAAAUAAUGAAAUAGGUGAAGGAAACAGGUAUUAUCCUUCACCAUCUCCGUAUUUUCAGACAGAAUGCUGCUCGAUAACAUCAGAGAAAUAUUUGGGAGUUCAGAAAUCGUGCUUUGAAGGUUUCAUUGUCCCCAAAGUUGUGUCUAGUUGUCUUUUGACAUUCUUCAUUCCAAAAGUGAUUCAAUCAGAAAAACCCAAGAACCUGAAUUUAGAUCCUGCUCGCACCCUUUCCUUUGACUAUUCAAAAAUUAUGACCAUGAAUGAAUCAAAAUUCGUUCUAGUUGCAAGCGUGCAUGGUAAAAAUUAUAGAAAAAACCCAUUCGUACUGAGAGAGAUGGUUCCAGUGGUAGGAGUGGAUGGUCAAGUAGAAUCAUGCAAACUGAAGAAAUUUCACAUACAAAACUUUUACAAGUACUUUACCAAGUUUCAUUUAGUCCUCGAUUGUACAACACUUUCAGAUGGAAAAUAUUUAUUCUUACUGAGAAAACACCCAGGUGAAAAAUUGGAUACCUUUGAACACUAUCAAUCCUAUUUAUUAUGGAUUGUUAUAGAUUUAUUCUCUUGUACUGCAAAGCAAGUAUUUCCAGUACAUUACAAAAAGAGUGAGAUUGAUUCUACUGGAAUUCUAAGAACAAAGAAACGAUUGGACCAGGAAGGUUUUGUAUUGUGUGAACGAAAAAAGAACGUUCGAGUGAGACCACAAAAACCAGAAUCUAAUUCUCAAAUUUCAUCCAAUAUUGACCUGGAAUUUUGUGUGACUCUUUUUGGAUAUCAUGCAAAUAGUGUCACCAAUCGAGAUUUGUUCUCUGUCUUGCUCCUCUUUCGAUCCAAUUUUGAAGACAAGUCUCUCAAAUGUCAUAAUGGGAUGAGAGAUGUGCCCUAUCACCAGUAUACCUUUAAAUUUACAGAAGAGCACAUUCUACCCAUUAGUUGUUUCAACACUCCAAUACUUUCUGAUAUUACCGUCACUUCUCAACAUUAA